UAUACCUAUCUGUCUGUCUCUUCCCUCUUCCUACUCCUCUGUGGGGGUGUGUCAUUAUUUGGUCUACUGUCUCUCCCGCAGGUAGAAAUCACAUUUCAGAAAUUCUGAGUUCCUGCACGCACCUCAACACACGGCAGAUGAUGCUUUUGUGUAAGAGGCAGGUGGAUACAGAGGGAGAGACGGAGAGCAACUGAGGACGGAGACAAGGAGAGGAAGGAAGAGGAGCCAGCACGAGGAAAGACAAGACAAGAGAAGAAAACAGCUGAGACAAGUUGGGAAAGGCACUACAACUGUGGCAGAUUUGGGUUCAUGAAAGGCAGGUGAUGAUGGAGAGACAUGUGCGAUGUGUGACCAGAGGGAAGAUGACAAGUACUCCUCCGCAGGACUCAUACAUAUAAAUAUUCACACAUAUAAGCAUUAACAGACUGCAGAUGCUUUUUAAAAGCUUCAGGAGGAUGUAUGGCUUUAAAGGACAGUGGAGAUGGAAGCACCAUUUCCUUCAAGUCACCUGCCUUUUGUUGCUGGCAGCUGUUCUACCCACAGCACUUAGCUAUUUCCUGGGAGACACUAAGGCAGUAUUAAAUGGCUGUGAGGACCACUGGACCCUGCAGGACAGGGCUGCCAUGCCGCUGCUCUUUCAGAUGACUGUGUGUGUGGACAUCCGUGUGGUGGUCCCCGGAGCCUGGGUGGCCUUCUCAUACAGCUCAGUCCAUGCCCCCAAGCCUGAGCUGGGUCUGGAGGGAGACAACAAUGCGCUGUACGGGUGGCUGCUAAGGGUCCGACAUCGAUUUCCUCUCCGGUUGUCCCCAACUCACUGGCACAGGGUGUGUCUCAGGAGGGAUGUGCUGCACAACUCCUUUAGCCUGGAGGUUGAUGGGCAAAUGGUGGCUGAGAGGACUGUCAUCGCUCAGGCCAUCCCCCCUUCUGGCUCCCUGUGGCUGGGCUGUCGUCCUAGAGACAGAUCAUCUGGAGCCAAGUUGGGACAAGUGGAGCUGUACCUGUUCCGGAUGUGGGCGGACUUGGGUGACCACGGCCUCUGCGAGGACGGCACCGUGAUUGGCUGGGACGCUCGUUACUGGGGUGUGACCAGUCCCAAUGCCAGGCACAGAGACCCUUACCUUCUGUGCGGUGAGAAAGACAUGCAUAAGCUCGUCUUUACCUCAAAUGCAACUUGA